AUGAAGAUAUUUGGCAUAGUGAUUUAUUAUAAGGAUGCGGCUGAAGUGCGAGUGUUGAAGAAUGCAUUUGAACUGCAGAGCUUCGGCUUUUUCCAACGGGCAAGCGUCCGUGACUUCAUUGUAUUCACCGGCAAGCUGAUCAUCGAACGAAGCGGUGUGCCGGCUCGCUGUUCGGUCAAGGAACAGGAGUACAUGUGCCAUGUGUACAUCAGGAGUGAUAGACUGAGCGCGUUGGUGGUCGCAGACAGCGAGUACCCGAACCGGGUGGCGCACAACAUGAUGACGAAGCUGCUGGACGAUUUCGGCGCCAAGGUGCCAAAUACGACGUGGACGACCGGCACUGACUCGUCAAUCAACUACCCAGAUAUCGAUCUCUUCCUCAACCGGUACCAAAACCCGCGCGAGUGCGAUGCAAUGACCAAGGUGCAGGAAGAGCUUGACGAAACCAAGGUCAUAUUGCACAACACCAUCCAGGCGGUGCUGGAACGCGGCGAAAAGCUGGACGAUCUGGUCGAACGAUCCGAAGGACUGACCAUGCAGUCGAAGCUCUUCUACAAACAGGCUAGACGGAUGAAUAAGUGCUGCACGUGGAUAUGA